AUGAAAUUAUUUUUCAAUUUGCCAAAUAAAAAGAAGGUUAUACAUAUUCCUUAGCCAAUUGGAGACUAGCAAUUUAUUAGAUUUAUCAUAGAUACCAAUUAAAAUACUGAAGAAAUGAAGUUGAUUAGAUUCAAGAGAGUAUAAUCAUUAAGUUUGUCUGAUUAGAGCGCUGUUAGCUUAGUGUAAAUAACUGGAUUAGAGAAUGGAUUUCUUUGGCUUAGGGUGCUUGAAAUACAAUUUUACAAUGAAGGAAUAACUGAGAUUAUUCAAAAAGGUUUUAAGUUCAAGUAGCUUGAAAAAUUGAUAUUGCAUAAUCACAACCAUUUAAAGUUCUAGAAUUAUUGCCAAUAAUUAUUUGAUGCAAGCAAUGAAACCUUAAGAACUCUAGAAUUUUCUUUAAUCGACAAAUUCUCUAGAAAAGAACAUGACUCUUAUUAUUAAAAUGCUGCUUUUCUACUGGGAUCACUCAACAUGAAUAAAAUACAGGAAUUAUAUGUUAACGUAUCUAGUUAAAUAAUUACACUCUUAAGUCAGAUUGAUAAUAAAUUUAAUGGCAAGCAAUAAAUUAACGAGCUUAAAAUGCCUUUAUGGAAUAUUUUGAGCAUGUUUAAGAAUCUACGAGUUUUAAAAAUAAACUUUCAAGAAAGAUAUGAAGAGGAUUUGAAGUAUUUAGUUGAAAAUACCUUGAGACCAUUGUCGAAUCUAAUUCAAUUGGCAAUAUAUUUUACAGAGUCCAGAAUAGAUGCUUCAUGUUUGCUAUAAUUUCUUGUAGAUAAUCAAAAGAUUUCUUUUUUCGAGAGUACAUUGAAACUAAAUUACGAUAUUGUUUAAUAAUUCUUGAUAAAAAGACAUAGGGUUAUUAGAAUGGUGAGUAAAUUUGCUUUUCUUCCAUUGGAUGAUUACAUGAGAUUAAUUAAAGAGUUUCCUCAACAUUAGCUUGAGUUUAGCUAUUUCUAGCAAGGAGGUUAAAGUAAAAUUAUUUGA